AUGUCUAACCCUAACGAGGUGCACGAGGGCAGCAUCGACCCCGUCUCGGCGUUUCGCGACGUUGAGAAGAGCGUUGCUGUCGACUCGCAGGCGCUGCCUCCUGCUUACACCAAGGAUGAAGAUGCCUUUGAUUCCGAUGCGAAUAGCAAUUUCCAGGAAGGUGUCCAGCGCGCUAGAGCUAUUACCGCCAUCUGGUCGAAGUGGACGCUUCUCACCUUGUUUUGCUUACUAUACGUGAUCUCCUUUGUCGACUACCUGCAAAACGCAAUCGAUGCCGCCCUCAACCCAUACAUCACCUCCUCCUUUGGCAGGCACGGCCUCCUCAACGUCGGCAGCGUCUUAUCAUCAAUAAUCGGCGGCGUCGCGCCUCUCGCCCUCGCCAAAGUCGUCGACAUCUGGGGCAGAGUCGAGGGCUUUGUCGUAAUGAUCACCGUCUGCGUGGUCGGGAUGAUCCUCAAGGCAACCUGCCACACCGUCGAGCAGUACGUCGGCGCGCACGUCUUGUACUGGACGGGCCACAUUGGGAUGAUCUACGUGAUUGAAGUCAUGAUCUCCGACAUGACGACCCUGCGCAACCGCAUGAUCUACUUUGGCAUCAACGGCACCCCGCGCAUUGCGAGUACCUUUGCCGGUCCGGCCAUUGCGGACCUCUUCUACAAGCAUCUUGACUUUCGCUGGGCGUUUGGUGCCUUUGCGAUUAUUCUUGUUGGAUGUAGUGCGCCUGCCAUGGGGCUGAUGGUGUGGAUGUCGCACCGCGCCAAAGCGCAGGGCCUGAUAUCAUCUAGCCGACGCGAGAAUAACCGGUCCAUCCUCGGCUCGCUGAAACACUACUUUAUCGAAUUCGACGUCCCCGGCAUCCUGCUCAUCACCGCCGCCCUCGCCCUUCUCCUCCUCCCCUUCAGCUUGGUAGCGUACGCGCCCGACGGGUGGAAAACAGGCUACAUCAUCGCGAUGCUCGUCCUCGGCGUCGUCCUCUUCCCAGCAUUCUACCUCUACGAAGCCUACGUCGCCCCAGUGCAAUUCCUCCCCUUCAAAUACCUCAAGCAAGGAACAAUCAUCGGCUCCGCCCUCCUCUACGGCCUCAUGUUCCUGUCCACCUUUACCUGGAACGGAUACUACGGGUCGUACCUGCAAGUCGUGCACCGCCUCUCACUGAAAAACGCAAACUACGUCCUCAACGCAUACAGCCUAACCUCCACCGUCUUCGCACCUCUCAUCGGCGCCAUAAUCGCGUACACGGGGAACUUCAAGUGGACGGCCUCCACGGGUGUCCCCAUCAUGCUCCUGGGAACAGCACUGAUCAUCCCCUUCCGCUCCCCCGGAACGAACCCAGGCGUCCUCGCCCUAACACAGAUCCUCGUGGGUCUGGGCUCCGGCUUCUUCACCGUGUGCUCCAGCCUCGCAAUCAUGGCUCCAGUGACGCACCAAUACAUCGCCGUGACCAACGCGCUGGGCGGGUUAUUCGGGGGCGUCGGCUCAGGCAUCGGGCUCGCGAUUGCGGGGGCGCUGUGGAAUAACCUCCUCCCACAAGAACUGCACAACCGACUCCCCGAGUCCCAAAAAGCGAAUUCACGCACGAUAUUCGGCGAUAUGGUGCUGCAGAUGUCGUUUGCGGAUGGGACGCCGGAGAGAGCGGCGAUUGUGGAUUCGUAUGCGCAUGUGAUGCGGUUGAUGGUUAUUGCGGGGGCGGCGCUCAUGCCGCUUUGUCUGGCGAGUAUUGUUGUUUGGAAAAAUAUUAAUGUCAAGGAGGUCGAGGAGAAGAGGGGGAUUCAGACCAAGGGGACUGUUUUGUAGAGAGAUGGAGAGGGAAUCUAUGAGAAAAGAAAAAGUGGUUGUGUGUGGUGUGUUUCGUGUGUAUCCAUCCAUAUUUGGGGUAUUUGUGUCUAGAGUUCUUCUAUAGAAGAUAAAAAUAACAUAAAUAAUGAUUAUGAUUUCC